UGUACUUCAUUUUUAUAUUCCGCGAAAUGCUGUUAUUGAUCUUAUCUUUACUCGUCAUCGCCGCCAAAUGAAAUCGUCACCGAUAAGGCAAUUAGCCGCGACACGCAUUUCAACGCACAAAAUAUUCCAUUAUCAUAUUUUUCUGAAUAUACAAUUAUUCCAUAACCAGAACCCAUCUAAUCACAAUCUAAGAUAACCGGAAAAAUGGCCCAGUCCGACCUCGCAAGCCUAAUCCUCGUGACCCGAGGCCAAAACGGCGUCGCAACGAUCACCAUCAACCGUCCGAAAUCCCUGAAUUCAUUAACCAGGCCCAUGAUGGUUCGUAUGGCUAGGGAGAUCAAGGCCUUGGCUGUUGAUGAUUCGGUUCAGGUCAUUAUUUUGACAGGAUCGGGUCGGUCAUUCUGUUCGGGUGUUGAUUUGACUUCUGCUGAGGACGUUUUUAAAGGGGAUGUGAAGGAUGUGGAGACCGACCCGGUUGCGCAGAUGGAGCUUUGUAAGAAGCCGAUUAUUGGUGCAAUUAAUGGGUUUGCUGUAACUGCAGGUUUUGAAAUUGCUCUUGCUUGUGAUAUUUUGGUGGCCUCUAAAGGUGCUAAAUUUAUGGAUACCCAUGCCAGGUUUGGAAUAUUUCCUUCAUGGGGUCUAUCACAGAAGCUGCCAAGGAUAAUAGGAGCUGGUAGGGCUAGAGAAGCAUCACUAACUGCGAUGCCAAUAACUGCAGAGCAGGCUGAGAAGUGGGGUUUGGUUAAUUAUGUCGUUGACGAGAGUGAAUUGUUAAAGAAAGCUCAAGAUAUAGCUGAAGCUAUAAUAAAAAAUAACCAAGAUUUGGUGUUGAGAUAUAAGGCUGUCUUAAAUGAUGGCCUCAAACUGGACCUGGGGCAUGCUCUUUCUUUGGAGAAGGAACGAGCAUACGACUAUUACAACGGAAUGACGAAGGAACAGUUUAAGAAAAUGCAGGAGUUCAUAGCGGGUCGGAGUGCAAAACCUUCAUCCAAGUUAUAGGUUUUGUUGAUCUAAAUAUCCUUUUAUAUUUUUGUAAAAAAAAGAAUAAAAUUGUUGUUAGCCCCUCAAAUGUGGGAAGAUGAAAUCAAAUAAAUGUUGGGAAUGCAACCAGAUGUAUGGUUGCUUUUGUUGUGAUAGCAAUUUUAAGAAUUUCUCCUUUUUAGAUUAUUGUAUUCAUUGAAUAAUUAAUUGUUUUAAAAUUGUUGUUUGAUUUCCUUACCA